AUGGCGGCGUACUGCAAUGAAGUCCGCAAGCUCGAGGAUAAGUUCGACGGUCUUGAACUCAACCACGUCGCAAGACGCUUCAAUGAGGUGGCUGAUGAGCUGGCAAAGGCGGCGUCCGGCCGAAAGCCGGUCCCCAACGGCGUCUUCAUCAGCGACCAAUACAAGCCCUCAAUCCGCUACAAGGAGCUGGGAGAGGCCGGCAACGCGCCACCUGUCUCGGACUCGGGAGCCGACCCGGGAGAGGUCAGCAACACGCCACCUAUCCUGAACUCGGAGGCCGAUCCCUCUAACCCUGAGGUCAUGGAAAUCGACAAUAAUCUAGCAGAGGGGCUCGAAGCCCCGCCUGACUGA